UCAAAUCUUUUCUCUGCCCUAUAUAAUGAAGUUUUUGGUUGAAGGGUUAAAUUCAGAUAUACAUCUUCCAUUCUACUCAUUUCUAAUCUUCUUUCUUACCUAUAUUUUUCAGACAAAUCAAUUGGUAAUUGUAUGGCUGCUAAUUCCAGUUGCCGUGUAGUCACUAGCUUUGGUAAGCGAUUGCUGACUCAGAUCGUUACUCAGUCUGGUUCAACUCACUUCAUUUCUGCUGCUUUUCCUCUUUUAAGGAGGUCACUGCAUUCUUCGGUGUAUGACAAAAACAUCGAUGAUCAAAUCCGCCCAGUUGUGGUCCCAGAUGAUGUUAUCCAGCCUCAGUCAGAAAAGUAUUGGGCUCCAAAUCCAAACACAGGAGUCUUUGGACCUGCUGCUGCAGAGCAAAACACGGCUAGAGCCAUGGGUCGUGGCUUCUAUGUGUCUUCCUCACAUGGUGGCACAGAGUCUGUGCUCGAGCAGAAGGCAUUUAUACGACCUCUUGAGGAUCUCGACAAGCCCCAGCACCCUUAAUACCAUGUGAUGAUAAAGCUGCCAUACCUAAUCGAUAUAAUUAAUAUUGUAGAAUGCAUGUUGGUGAGCUAGAAGCAGGCUACUUAUAUAUCUUAAGUUUUAGAUCAUGAGAAGCCUCAGCGUUGUAAAUGAGAAGUCUUGGAUUGUAAUGUUGCUUUGAAGACUGUAUUUUCGAUAUAAAUGUGAUGUACUGUAUUGUUUCAAUUCAA